CAAAAACCCUAGAGUCAGGAAUCAAUAUAUUUGUUAGAUUGUCGGAUCGACUGCCUACUAGUUUACCAUCUUCACCGAACAGAGUUCAGGUUCACUCCCUUCAGCAGCAGCCAUGGUGAACGUACCUAAGACUAAGAAGACUUACUGCAAGAGCAAGGAGUGCAGGAAGCACACUUUGCACAAGGUUACACAAUAUAAGAAGGGUAAAGAUAGUUUGGCUGCGCAGGGGAAACGCCGCUAUGAUCGCAAACAAUCGGGUUAUGGUGGUCAGACCAAACCAGUGUUCCACAAGAAGGCAAAGACCACCAAGAAGAUUGUUCUAAGGCUGCAAUGCCAAGGUUGCAAGCAUGUAUCGCAGCAUCCAAUCAAGAGGUGCAAGCACUUUGAGAUUGGUGGAGACAAAAAGGGGAAGGGAACAUCUCUAUUCUAAAUGUGUUAUUCAUGUCAUAUGCUAUG